AUGGCGACAUCCACGGCACGCACGAAGCUGAAAAUCCGGAGCGUGCCGAAAGCCAGCUCCGAUGGACCGUCGUCGCCUAGCGCCGCUUCAAAGGCGGACGCCAUGCGGGACAUGUACGGCUUCACACUGCAGAGCCAGUACACGGACAUCUACAAGACGUACGCUCGCAUCUACCAGGUGGAGGAGGAGGAGCGGUCAGACCGAUGGGACAAGUUCCUGCAGCACUGCGACCUCUCCUUCCACGAACCUUCCUCUUCCACCCGAACAGCAGCAGCAGCAGAGACAGCAGGAGACGCGUCUGGUUCCGCCCCCCAGGCGGGGAAGGGAGACGGAGAGGAGAGUUCUGGUAUGGUCUCUAGUGCGGUAGGGAGCGGUGUAAAGGAGGGAGAGGCAGAGGGAGGCGGCAGUGCUACGGAAGGAAAAGGAGAAACCCAAAGAGCUGUGGCUGGUGAAGAGGCUUCUUGUAAGGAGGAUGUCGGCAAGUUUAAUGCUUGUAAGGAGCGAGAGAGUGGGGGCAAAGAGGGGGGUAGUAAGGCUGCUACAGAUGCAGCGGAUGGGAAGGCUGGAGGUGGAGAGAAAGAGGGUCUGCAGGCGGCUGAAGAGAAAAAGUUGCAAGAUGGUGAGGAGGAGGGCGGGGGAAAGACGACAUGUGUGGAAGGAGGUGGUGAGGGCGGGGGAAAGAAGACAUGUGUGGAAGGAGGUGGUGAGGGCGGGGGAAAGAAGACAUGUGUGGAAGGAGGUGGUGAGGGCGGGGGAAGGAAGACAUCUACGGAAGGCGGUGGUGAGGGCGGGGCGAAGGUGGCGAGUGGAGUGGAGGGAGAAACGAAGGUGGAGGUUAAGGGAAGCAAGUCAGGUGACGAGCCAGGUGACAAGCCAGGUGAUAAGCCAGGAGACAAGCCAGGAGGCAAGCUAGAAGAUCCGAAGGGGGAGAAAGAGGAGAAGGAACCUACUGCAACGCAACCAAAACUAGACGGAGCAGGAGCAGCAGCAGAAGCAGCAGGGCAACAGAAAGAGCCGAGUAGCCCUUCCAAACCUGCCAGGUUAUCAAAGCUGGCGAGCAUUUUGUCUCCUGCUGCCACGGUCGCUGCUGUGGAGGCGCAGAGAGAAGCAGCAGAGGCGGCUGCUGCUCUUGAAGCCGUGGCGAAUAAGACGCUCAAAGCUGCGAGGGAGGCACAGGGGGAGGCGGCAGGGGCGGAGGGGGCAGGGGCGGAGGGGGCGGGGGCGGAGGCGCAGAGAGAAGCAGCUGAGGCAGCUGCUGCUCUUGAAGCCGUGGCGAACAGGACACUCCUAGCUGCAAGGGAGGCUCAGGGGGGACCGGGAGGGGUGGAGAGAGCAGAGGUGAACGCACAAAUAGAGGCGGAAGGUGGAGGAGAGGAAGGGGGGGUAACAGAGGAUGCAGAGGGGGAUGGGAAAGAGGUGGGGGGUGGUGGGAGAGAGGCGGAGGGGGAUGGGAGAGAGGCAGAAGGGGGUGGGAGAGAGACGGAGGUAGGUGGGAGAGAGAUGGAGGGGGGUGUGGGAGAUGCAACGGGACGCGAGGCAGAAGCGGAGGGGAGAGGUAAUGCGAUGCGGCAGGCAUUCAACACAGCAGGGUUCCCAAUGCUGGGGAAAGUGCCGUGGGGGAGGGAACUGCACUCUCUGGUGAUGGGCGGCGUGCCCAUGAACCUGCGCGGCGAGGUGUGGCAGAUAUUCGUGGGCACCAAGGCGAGGCGGAGAGCAGGGCUGUACGAUGCACUGCUGGAGGAGGCACACCGGGAGGAUGACCUGUGCCCCAACAGCACCCUCGCUGACAUCUACGCUCGCAUCCGUGCCAAGGAUGUUCACAACUCAUGGGCCGUGCAGAUUGAGAAGGACCUGCCUCGCACCUUCCCCGGGCACCCAGCACUGGACUCCAUCGGGCGAGAUUCACUGCGUCGCCUGCUGACGGCGUAUGCUCGGAAGAACAAGGACGUGGGGUACUGCCAGGGUAUGAACUUCCUGGGUGGGCUGCUGCUGCUUCUCAUGCCAGAGGAAAACGCCUUCUGGACCCUGACAGGGAUCGUGGAUGACUAUUUGAGGGGCUACUACUCCCACAACAUGAUCGAAGCUCAGGUGGACCAGCUCGUGUUUGAAGACCUCGUGAGACAGAACUUUCCACGACUCGCAACGCAUUUUGAGAACAUGGGAGUGCAGUUGUCGUGGAUAACCGGCCCAUGGUUCCUCUCCCUUUUCAUCAACGUGUUUCCUUGGGAGAGCGUGCUGCGUGUGUGGGACGUGAUGUUGUUUGAAGGCAGUCGCUGCAUGCUCUUCCGGGCGUGCCUCGCGCUUCUCGAGCAGCACUCCUUCCUAUUGAUGGAGAUCACGGAGACGGGUGAGCUCAUGUCGACCCUUCAGAACACGGCAGCAUCAGCCUUCGAUGCCAGUCAGCUGGUGCUGAACGCGUGUGUGGGGUACAUGGCUGUGGACGAGGCGUUAUUGGAGACCCUGAGGCAGAAGCACCGGCCGGCCAUCAUGCGGCGACUGGAGGAGAGGCAGGUGGCGCUGCAGCGCUACCAGAGCGGCAAGUCCGAGCGCCUCAAGGCGGAGGCUGCAGCCAUCUUUGAGCGCAUGUCCCUCCACCCCUCUGCUGACGGCCGCCCCGUCACCACCAACUCCCUUGAUGACUCCAUCCUCCCCUCCCCUUGUGCUGUCGCUGCCUCUGGGUCGGGUCUGCUGCUGGAUCCUCCGUCUCUGCUCCUGCCGCCCUCUACUGCUGACAGCCUCGUUACUAACAGUUCUCUUACUAACAGCAAGAGCAGUAACAGUAGGAAUAGUCAAUUACCGCCUCUGCCCACCCAAGGGCGCCAGAAGGGGGCUGUUCAGGACGGCUCCCAGGCAGUCCCAGCAGCCAAUCAAGACCCGCCACCUGUCCAUUUCAAGCCUGGAGCGAGGCUGUUUCCCCUCCCACCCAGCCCUCCACUUGCCCGGUCCUCCUCCCUGUCAAGGCUCCACGUGUCAGCUCUCCAUAGGCCCGUUUGGCACCGCUUUGGCAUGCACUUAGGGUGCAGCCCUGCCGCCAGGAACAUGGUGGCGCUUUUAGCUAAGCAAAUGGAGGAGGAGCGGACGCAGCCCCGGGGGACGCCGAAGCUGUCGCUGCCGAACCGAGUGGCUCGGGCCGUGGCUGUUUUGUUGGAAGCAGCAGGGGUGGAAGGUGGGAGGGAGAAACGGGAUGGGAUUGUGAAUGGUGGCCUGGAUAUGCCUAUAGAUGGUUCCUCCUGGCCUGAUGUGAGAUGGCCGGUAACCAGCGCCGUCUCCUCAGUCUCGUCAACAAGCAUGUUGGUGGGAAAACUAGCAGGAGCAGCUGGUUCCGUCUCCUUCUCUCCAGUCUCCCCCAGCACACUUCCGUGGCCUGACCAUCGCCGCUCGUCCUCCUCUCACGACCUCGCUGCUCUCAACCGCAGCUCCGCCUCUCCCCCGAUCCCUCUCCUUGCCAACAGUGCUUCCGCUGCCUCUGCUGAUGCUGGUGCUACUGGUGGUGACGGUGGCGCUGGUGACGAGGAUUGCUCCAGAGAGGGAGCAGGUGUAGCAGCGGCGGUGGAACCAGGAGUGGCAGGGGGGGAAGCGGGAGCAGGGGGAGCAGGGGGAGCAGGGGGAGCAGGGGGAGCAGGGGGAGCAGGGGGAGCAGGGGGAGCAGGGGGAGCAGGGGGAGCAGGGGGAGCAGCAGCAGCUGUACCAUCAGCCACUGGUGCAUGGCGCUGGUCUGCAUGGGGGCAGGCAGGGUCUCUGUUCGGUGGGGGAGGAGGGGCAACACCUGCUGCUGCUGCUGCUGCUGCAGCUGCAGGGGCAGAUGGGCUGGCGGGGGAAGGGGAGGAGCAGGUUGGGGACAGUGCAGAGCGGUUGAAGAGGGAUAUGACAGCGAUACUGGAUCUGCAAGCGCAGGUGGCGUGGCUCAAGGAGCAGCUGGUCUUCACUCUCGAGAGCCACCACGAGUCGCAGACGCGGGUGGAGGCUUCGCAAACCGCCAUGGUGGAGAUGGCUCAGAGGGACACACACAUGCAGCUCACAGUGAAGGUGGAGCAACUGACCAAUGAGGUGGAGGUGCUUCGGAGGGAGCUGUCGCAGCAGCAGCAGCGGGCAGCAGUGGUGCUGGAGCAAGCUGUCAUGGACAAGCAGAUUGAGAUGCAGCGGGAGCUGAAUGCGCUGCUGAGGGCGUUGGCAUCAAAGGAGGAGAAGAUGAGGCGUGACGUGGAGGGGCUGCACGACAGGGUGGAGGACAAAGAGAUGGAGAUCGAGCGACUCAAAAGGGUGAUUGGACGUCUGGAGGGGGAGAAGAGGGAGCAGGAGGAGAUGAUCGCGGUGGGCAGGCAGCAGGUGGACACACACAAGCGCGUUAUUGAGAUGCUCGUGGAGAAGGGACAGACGAUGCAGCAGCAGAUGGUGGCGAUGGAGAAGCGGGCACUCACAGCCGAGGGGUGA